AUGACUCCUCCAUCGACUCAGCCUUCCGGAAACGAUGACCGCCUUGCGAGAAAGCAGAUUCAAUUCGAGCACGUCAAGGAUCUGUGGAUUUUCCUCGCUAGCUUGCUCGCCUUCCUGACAGUCAUCCGCGUUUUACGUUUGUUGUUUCGCCUUUUUAUCCUUUCCCGUCGCGUCAACUGUGUGGAACCCUUGGGGCCCGAGAAACAGGAUGUCGAAUCCACCACUUCAACCAUCAACACCUGUAUAAACUCUCCUAUCCAUCGUCUUCAAUCCGCAAUUGCUACGACGUUCAGGAUCGUCGCCUUUCGCUGGAGCAUCCCAUUUGGACCAGGUUCCUUCGCGUCAAUCUCCGAGCUUACUUUCAUUUUUGGCUACAUGGCAGCGAUGUUUCUCUGGCUUUUCUUGGACACUCGCAAUCUGAAAGCUACGUUUGACCAAGCCCGCGCCGCCCACCUGGCUUCGUGUCAACUUCCCCUCAUCAUCGCCUUGGCUGGAAAGAAUAACCUCAUCUCUUGGAUGACUGGUAUCGGCCACGAGAAAUUGAACAUUCUGCAUCGUGCUUCAGCAAGAACCAACUUCAUUUUCUUAUGGAUCCACACCAUAACUCGGACGCUGUCAGGGAUCUCUGGCAGGACUAGCUUCCGCCAUAAUUGGAUGCGUGCUGGUGCGGUCGGGAUGGCAGCGUUGACACUCGUGAACAUCUUGUCGCUUCGCCCCCUCAGGAACAUGGCAUUCGAGUUUUUCCUCACCUCCCAUAUCGUCCUCGUCUUGAUCUUCCUCUUUGCAAGUUACUAUCACGCUCAAAUAGCCCUCGCGGGGUCAUACAUCUGGCCCGCCCUGUUUGUAUGGGGCCUCGACCGCUUCAUUCGACUUGUUCGUGUUAUCUGGAACAACAGUACAUUCCGUCGCAAGAGCGACCCAUCCCAAUCUCUCGCAACAGUAGAGCUCCUCUCCGAAGACACCAUUAUCAUGUCUCUGAAACGUAGGGAUUUCUCCUGGGCCCCAGGCCAACAUGCCUACGUCAUCCUCCCUACCGUUAGCAACCUCCCAUUCGAAGCCCACCCAUUCACCAUGGCUAGCAUCUCAGAGAAGCUGGAUGGGACGCUUUCCAAAGGGCAGGACCGAGAAGUAGUCUUCUUUGUGAAAGGCUGUAAUGGGCUUCCGAAACGGCUGAGGGUUCUCGCCAGGAACCACGGAGUGGACACAGUUCCUGCGUAUGUUGACGGCCCAUAUGGAUGUCCGCCUGACCUGUGCGAGUACGCGACUUGCAUUUUAGUUGCAGGUGGCUCGGGAAUUUCAUACACUAUGUCUCGCUUUUCGAAUCUGAUUCGUGGAAACGCACGAGGCAAGUCAGCUGUUCGCCGGAUUCUCUUUGUAUGGGCUUUUCGAGAUGAAAAUUAUCUCUCAUGGCUCUCAAAAACAGUGACGGAAGCUCUACCACACGCAACGGGUUCCCUAUCCAUUGAACUCCGCAUGUAUCUCACUACCCCCUCCACUAAGAACAGUUCCUCAAAUGCGUCAAUCGUUUCGGAGAAGGGUGACCACUCUGCUGUCAAGACCACGACUGUGAUGUCACCAACCGAAUAUCACCCCUCCCUCAAGGUGGUCCAUGGCCGUCCUAAUAUCCGCCGUGUACUUCAUGAUGAAAUAGCUGCGUGUACUGACGGAGGAUCGAUAUCAGUAGAUGGUCAGCACCCCUUUGACGACCCACAGAUGAACCAACUGACGAUUGCCCCCGACAGUUGCUGGACCAGCGAAUUUGACGGCAGCUGUGCGGCGUGCCCUCUGCUCUGGUGUCGCUGCACCUCGAGCUGUGUAAAAAGGACUCCCGUCCGUCACUCUUCACGUUGA